UACUGUAUAUCAUAUUAUAUAAUAAUUGCAUAUCAUAUCAAUAUUGUGGAGCAACAUAUAAUUUUUCUUCUUCAAUGACAGUAGAUAUGAAAUGUACGUCAAUUUGACAAUUUCAAUUGACAAUAUGAAUUAUAAGAAAGUUACAAUAUUUCUCCACUAUUCGCGCACGAUCGUUUCACGUAUCCCUUCCAAGUACUUGCACACCGCGAAUAGGCGUCCUUUUUUCAUGGUAUAGUUGGAUUAGUCUGUACAUUUGCAUGAUUUAUUUUCUUCUUCAUAUUUAUUUCUUCUCAGUAACCAGCUUUUGUUGUAUUUCAAUUUUGAGGUGGCUAAAUAUAUUAUGGAUAUCUUUGAAAUGUGCAAUGAGCAAGCAACAACUUGCUUUUGUAUGACAGUUCUUAUUAUUUGUAUAUUUAUAUGAACUAUUGAUGACAAUUGUAGUGUGGUGUUUAUUUUUUUGGUCUUUGCAAAUUUAUAUGAACCCUAGCCAUGUGACUUAUUUUAUUUGGCGCCUUCAUCCCUGGCCGAAGGACAAGAAUAUGUUAAAAAACUUCUUGUUGCGUCUUGCCUUCGUGAUAUGCUUAUUUGAUGAAUAUUUUAUUUUUCUAGUAUGUUUUAUAUGUCAUCAGGUUUCUCGUGAUAUAGGAACCGUUUUAAGGUUCCAUUAUACAGAGAGAUUCAAAAUUAUGGAAUAAAUAAUUCAUUUUUUCAAGAAAAGGCCACUUAGGAGAAAAAUCCCGUGACAGGUCGAUUUUGAUUUUUAAAUUAUGAUUGUUUGACAUACAGUGGAACCCCGAUAAGUCGGCCUCCGAUAACCCGGAAGUCCGGCUAACCCGCAUCGAUUUUCAUGAGACAAAACAUUUUUUCACUCUGACUUAGUUUGUUACCAAGAAAUAAACAAUACUGUAUACAACUGUACGUAAUUUAGAUGUACUGUGCAUAUGUAUUUCAUGUUUUUGCGAUUAUAAUGAUAAUGAGUAUUUGUUUAUUUAUAUGUAUUUUAUUAAUUUUUACCAUAUUCUCCGGCUAACCCGGAUCGGCCGCGGUCCCGAUUAAUCCGACUUAUUGAGGUUCCACUGUACAUAAAUUAUAGUAGUGACGUCAUCCAUCUGGGUGUGAUGACGUAAUCGAUGAUUUUUUAAAUGAGAAUAGGGGUCAUUUGCUAGCUCAUUUUAAAGGUUAUUCAAUUCGUUAUUCAGUAAUAUAAACGUUAGCUUAAUUGUUCCCAUUGUUUUCAUUCUGGUGGGGUGUAGAAUAGCAUUAUGUUGUUUUAUAUGCCAUUAGAGUGAAAACUUAGUCUUUUUGUUAGCAGUUGCCGCUAGGGCAUCUAUGCCAUUUCGUUCGUUGCAAUCCGGGACUGCAUGCUGGGGUUUGUUUUGGUUGGAUCAGGGAGAGCAGCAUAUGUGCCUCCUGAUGAGAGACUAAGUUUCGAAACCGGUAGGGGUGCUUGCAGCACUCUCUGAUUAGACUAGAAUAUGGUUCGGCUGUGUUUUCGUUUUGCAACGAAAUUGAAAAUGGUUAUUCAUUUUUGAUUAGCUUAAUUAUUUAUACAAGGCGUCCAAAAAUUAUUUUUUAAAUUAAAAUAAUUGACACAAAAAGAAGAAUGUAUUUAAUUUAUUUAAUUCAAAAUAUAUUUUACUAUUGUUAGAAAACAAAAAGUAACUUCAUUGGUUGUCUUGUUUUUCUAUUUUUGAACUGGUUUUCAAUUAUUGGUUGCUUUUUUUUUGUAGCUUUUGUGUUUUGUUUUUCUAUCGCAGCAGCUAUUUUCGUCUACUCAAAAUAAAAAUAUUCAUUAUUAUUAAUGAUACAUAUACAUCUUAUUUAAUAUGAAUUGAGGCGUUGAGUGCAAAAGUAACCCAAAUCCAAAAUACAUAUUGUAAAUUCUAACAUUUUUUAAACUAAAUAAUGUAUGGUUAACUUACAUUGUAAUACUUUUAAUUUGUGUAAAUUGAUGUUAGAUGUAUAAUUUAUUGAUAUAAUAUAAAAAAUAAGCACUUAAUUUGGGGUUGGAUUAUGGUAGGGGAGCCCAAGCGGGUAUUUUUGCAGUAACUCGAGCGCGUCAGAUUAUCAUAUGGGAAAAAACCAGGCACCCCGUAGAUGUACAUUUACCAUAUAUAUUGGCUCUAAACACAGGGGAGUUCGUUAAGGGGGGGGCCGAAAAAAAUCUAUCCUUAGAAAAACUCGAAAUCGUCAGAUCAAGAUAAGGCAAGUUAAGUACCUACAUGCAAAACAGUGUAUAUUUAAAAAAUCUGACGAUUUGGGCGGGGGCGUAAGGAAAUGGGUGAGUCACAAAGUUUCACAAGAAAAAAGCGAAUAUUUCGCGAAAUGAACGAUAGAUCUAAAAACUAAAAAAUACGUGCCCAAUAUUUGUCAAAAAUUUAUCGAAUGAUACCAAACACGACUCCCCACGGAGAGGGGUGGGGGUAAAUUUUAAAUGCGAAUUCCGCGAUAUUUCGCGAAAUGAACAUCAGAUCGAAAAACUGAAAAAUACACUUAUUCAAUAUGUUUGAAAAAUCUAUCGAAUGACACCAAACACGGCCCCCCACGGAGGUGGGGUGGGGGGUUACUUUAAAAUUUUAAAUAGGAGCCCCCAUUUUUUAUUGUAGAUUCGGAUUCCUUACGUAAAAAUAAGUAACUUUUAUUUGAAAUCUUUUUUCGAAUUAUGGAUAAAUGGCGCUAUAAUCGGAAAAAACGAUUGUUGGAAAUGGAAAAUUAAAUUAAAAAUGGAAAGUCCCCACUAAAAUGGAAAACUUUACUUAACUUUUUUUGGUUUUAGAACCUACUCUUCACAACCCAAUAGGUCCCCAAAGCGCUUGAGUGACUGCAUAUUUAGCAUACUUUCCUCCCCUACUAUUAGUUUUGAAUUGAUGAUUUUAUCAUAUUUUGUUAAUGCAAUAAAGGCUUGUAAACUGUAUUUAUUAGCAAUUUUUCUCAUUGGUUACCAUCAACUAUAAUGCUCACGUCUUAUGUAACAUUUUACCUAUGUAUAAGUUAUGUAAAACUUCAUGAUUAAGUAGAAUAUCUAGAAAUUCUAUUAAAUCUGUGUUUAUUGGCUAUCUUUAGACACUUCCAUAGGUAUGUGACAUAUCACCAUGUUACUAAUAUUACGUAUCAUCAUAUUGGCGUAAUUAAAGAAGACAUCUUCGCGUUGUUUGAAUGUUUUUAUUGCAUAAAGGCAGGUUUUCCUUAUUGUAGCUUAGUUGUAUUCACAAAAUCUCGUACUUUUCUCCUAUUUCUGAGGCUUUAUGUGAGUAAACAACUUUUCUAAACCUGGCAUGGACAAAAAAAUCUCUGGAUCUCACUGCUACUACAUAAAAUGGUUCUUCUUUAUGUUUCAGACACUACUUACAUCCAAUCAUUGGGAAAGUAAGUGUUUUUAAGUUAUAUUAAAGUUGCAUUUCUUUCCUCCACAUUUAUCGCUGUGUAUAAUAAUUUUUUUGUUGCAAAUAUCAAAACAAAAUGUUAAAAGUACCAGUGGAAAUCGUUGUCAGUGUUGAAGUUUUCUUGGAAAAUUAAAACUAAAUUUUAAAUAAUGAGUGAGAAAAUAAAUUAACUAACUGUUUAAUAAUGAGUGAGCGAAUACAUUUCUGGUUGAAAAUUGGCAUCGCUGCAUAAAAAACUCAUUGCAUUGUCUUAUGUUCUAUAUACUGAAAAGACAAGGUGAGACGGACUAUAUAUAUAUAAACGUAAGUUAUAUGUAUAAACUUAUCAUUCCGUUUAUGCAUUUAACUUAUUGUUGAACAUUUUAUGGGUGGCCACUUUUGCGCCUAACGCCUCAAUUACACUCAAGAUACCCAUUUUACUAACCCUACGUUUAAUGAUUUUGUUUCAUAACAAUUAUUAAGUUAUUGCUUUUAGCAAUUAAAAUAAUUUUGGUAUUCUUUCUACAGAUUUUGAUGUUUCCAGUUUAUUUGUUUUAUUAUUACUUAUUUUCAAGCAUUUUAAUUUUCUGGAUAUGUAUGAAUCAAUACAUGAUAAAUAUAUGAUGAUAACCAUAACAAUAUUAUAGAUAACAAGUGAACAAUUAAACAAGUACAUAACAAUUACGUGAAUAAUAUUAUUACUAGUGUAUCUAUAUCAAUUGAAUAAUAAUAUUAAGUAUGGAUCAUAUUCCAGAUACACAUUAUCACAAAUACCAGCUUGAGCUGCUUGUGUGAUAAACCACUUCAUUAUUUGAAUUCUAUAUGAACACUAUUUCCACAUUCUUUCUUCACAUUUUAAUAUGACUUACACGCACUAUCUUGUUUUAUUUUAUAAUAUGCAAUAUUGAUUUGAAAUUUAACAACGAUUUAAUAUAUGUACAACCAUAUAACUUUAUAUAUAAUAAUUCUGUGAAUUUAGAAAAAACAGUUAAAAACUUUUUAAAAUAAGUUCACUCCUCUCUUCUUUCAAUAAAUAGUCAGACAAAUUCCAAUAUCUUUUAGAUAAAAAUCUAUUCUUAUAACAAUUAACAAAAUUUUAAAAAUAUAUAAGUAAUGUAUGUGUUACAGUUCAAGUUGAUUCUCAAUUAGAGUUGACUAUUCCUAGUUGGAGUCGACUCCAACUAAAACGAUCAGUAAAACUUGAUUUGAAAAAUUCAAUUCAACUUUUACUAGUUUGAGUUGACUAUUCCUGAAUCGAUUCAGUAAAUGUUGAUUAUACGAGUAUAAUCUCACGCUUUUUUGAUGACCGUUUCAACUACUUAUUAUGAUUUGAACAUAUAGGCCAGAAAAUGAAGCUGAAAAAAUGGCAAAACCUCGCAAUUUUUUCGUUCAUUUUACCCUCUAUUUCAUUUUCUAUAUUGGGCCGUUGUACGCUUUUGGUUUUUUAAGGUUGAUAACUACCCCUAAUUAUUAUAAUUAUAAUUUAUUACUAGAACCAUAGGAAAAAAUAUAAACUAUCUGCAGGAUAUACAUAAGUUAUCAAUUUUAGAUCUAACUCAUAAAUAUUGGACAAAGAAAAAAUGUCCCCUUCUUGUAGAUAGUUACUUGAAAAUAUCUCAAUACCGAAGUACUUUCUAUAUUUAUGAAAAUCAAGUUUCACCUAUGUAUUCCCAUGUAUUAGAAGAAAUUUUCUCAAAACAAAUUACUACUUUUUUUAUGGAUAUUAAUUUAAAUCCAGCCGUUUUUCAGUCAUUUAUACUUCAUAAAUGGCCACAUUAUCAGUUUUACUAUACAGAUGGAUCCAAAGUACAAAACAAAGUAGGAUGUGCAAUAAUCAAUAUUCAAAGUGGAUUUAAAAAAUUAUUCAAAUUGCCUUGUGAAUCAUCGAUAUACACCGCUGAAAUGAUAGCGAUACUUUUUGCUUUAAGACACAUAUUUAGUAACGAACCCUAUAGCUGCAUAAUAUUUACAGACAGUAAGAGUGCCGUUGAUAGACUAACUAACGUACAUAAGUACCAACAACUCGAUCAUAUAGAACUGGAAAUUAUGACUCUUUAUAAUAAAAUUGCAAAUUUAGGAAAAAACAUCAUUAUAUCAUGGAUAAAGGGACACGCAGGCAUUAGGGGUAACGAAAUAGUAGACAGGCUAGCCAAAUCCGCCCUAGAAAUAGGCGAAGAACUUCCCAUGAACUUACUACCCAUUUCGGAUAUUGAUAUUAUUAGUAGACGACACCAAAAAGAAAAUUGGCAAAGGUAUUAUCGAAACACGAGAACUGGUAGUAAUUACAAACAAAUGCGACCUGAAAUUCCCAUUAAAAGAUGGUUUCAUUCUGUAUCAAAUCGCCAUUUCAUAAGAGUUAUAAAUGGAUUGAGAUGUAAUCAUGCUCUUACCCCCAUUCAUAUGUACAGUCUGGGUCUCACAGAGUCACCUAACUGUGAGUGUGGAAAAGAAGGUAAUCUACUACAUAUUCUCCUCGAAUGUUCACAUCAAUCAGUAAAUAUAAACAAAUUUUAUGAUAAUCUUAAUAUAUUAAAAAUUCCACUUCCCGUCUACCUGAACAAUUUGAUAUUUUCUGAAGAUAUUAAUAUAUUAAAAACAAUUUACGAACAUAUCAAAAAUUGUAAAUAUAGAUUGUAGCAAUAAAAUUUACCCUGUAUUUAAGAAAUUUUGUUAAAACAAAGCAGGCAUGUUUGUUAAAACAAAACAAACAUGUUUGUUUUGUUGUUAUUUUGUUUUAAAUCCUGUAGAUUUAAGUAAUUAUUGUAUAUUAUAAUUGAAAAAAGAAAAGAACAAAAAAAAAGAGUAAAAGAAAAGAAAAAAAACAGAAAAAAUAAAAAAAAACUAAGAAGAUCUAAACCUCCGCGAGGAUGAAUCGGGUUUACGUCUUAGCGUAGUAAAAAAAAAACAAUUUAUAAAAAAUAACAAAAAAAAAUUAAUAAAAAAAAACAAAUUAACAAUAUAAAAAAAAUGCAAAAAAAAAUGAACAACCAAAACAGAGUAUUAUUUAGAUAAUAAUUGUAGAUAAUAAUGUUAGUUUGUUAUGUAUUUAGAGUUAGAAAUACAGAAAAAAUUCCUCUGAUUGAAAAAUCAAAUUUUUUUGUUUUUAAAAUAACAAAAUGUCUGGCUAAUUGGCUCGGCCAAGGCCAUCAAAUUCACUCAAAAAAAAACUACCCCUAAUUGUAAAAAUAUUAUAAAAUAACAUUUUAAACUUUAAUAUGGUCAACAAUUGGUUUUUAUUUGUUAAAUAAUGAUUGUUUUAUGCUUUAGGAUAUAAUAUCAUAAUAUUUCAACUCUUAAAUCCACCCUUGUUGGAGCUAUAUAUAAAAAAUGUAUUUAUCCUAAAAGAAUGAUUCCGGCUUGCAUCGAUUUGCAUAAAAAUUUGGGAUUAGGAUAAGGAUCAUCUCACCCUGUACUUCAUAUUAUAUAUCAUGCUCAAGGGCGUUGAUUAUUUUUAGGGGUGUAAACUACCUGUUAUUGUCAAAAAUUAUAUAAAAACAUUGUAAACCAUGGAUAAAAUUUGGUCUUGAUUGGUUAAAUAAUGAUUGUUUUAUACUGUAGGAUACAAUAUAACAUUUCAACCCUUAAAAAUCACCCUUAAUAACAUUGCAAUUUUUAUAAGUAAGUCAAUCUUCUUGGGUGUAUUGAUAAUACAUAUAUAAAAAGAAUUACAGAAGGCCGAAGAUCAAUUUUAAUUAGGGGGUAGUUUUCACUGAUUUUUUCUUAGAAAAAAGUAGGUACCGACCUUAUUUUGAUCGUAAGUCACUCAAUUUUUAUGCUAGAAACUUUUUUUUAAAGGUCUAAUUGUAUACGUGAAAAAAUAUUCUGUAAGUUUUCCUCGAAAAAUGCAAAAUUUUUCCGUUAUUUGGCUUUAAAUAUUUCAAAUUAUGCAUUUGACGAAAAAUCUAACCUUUAACACGCUGUAUCUCAGUUUGUAUUGGUUGUAGAAAAAUUAUAAAAAAAAGGAUUUUGUUUGUGUUUCUAAAAAAUACAAUUUUUAAAGCUACAGUUUUUUUAUUAAAUGUAUAUUUUUUGAAUUAUUAUCAAAAAUCCCUCUAAAAAUAUCGAUUUUUUCGUCGAAAAACUGUUACUUUCAACCGCGAAUAACUCGAAAAAUGUUAGUUUUACGAAGAAACCUUAAAGAACAUUUUUUUCUUAGAAUUAUAUUUUCCAUCGAUUUCCAUGGUUAAAAUGUAAUGAAAAAUUCCCGCCCCCGAGAUGGGGUGACAACCACCCCUAAGGCUUUAGCGUACAGUGGCAUGAUAUAAAAAAUAAUCAUUGGGCUGUUCCCUACCUUCUGUGAAAAUUUUAAGUAGGACGAAAAAAUUGCGAGCAAACAUGCUUCAUUUCCUGGCCUAAUAUGCAGUCCAGUAACCUCUAGAAUCGGUUGUUUGUGUGAAUCAACUCUUACUAAAUGGCAUUGGGAAGAGUAUACUUUAACUAGUUGGAGUCUACUUUUGAGCCGUUUGAGUUGACUCGAACUAGAAAUAGUCAACACCAACUGGAUAAUCAACUUAAACUGUAACAUAUGUACAAAUUAAAUUUGUUAUUAUAUUAACGUUUUGCUCUAUAUGUUCAGGCAGUUUCUUUACCUGAUUGCUUAUCAUUUUUGUAGGUUUCUACAGCUUCCAGUUGUCUUCAUUAUGAGGCAGAUUAAUAUAUUUUGUUUCAGGUUUUUGCAUUAAUAUGCUGUUUAACUUUACAGUCUUUCCUUGAUUUUUUGUUUAAGAAUCAACUUUUCAGGACCUUACAAUUAUUAUAAAAAUAAAUAUUGUUAAACAGCUGUAUAUUUGGGUAAAGUUUUACAAUCUUUUACGGGAAUAAAAUCGUAUAAAAAAUAAUAACUUUAUUAACAUUGGAAACUCAGGAAGCCGUUGUCAAAAUAAACAAUUAAUAUACAGUCCGUACAAUAUACAUACCGUUACACGUCAUUCGCGUCAUAGCCCGUGACGUCACAUGUUACCAGCACGAAAUACAUAUGUAAGUCGUAGGUGUGUUCCUUUUUAGAAUCGUUUAGCUGAGUACACUGAAAUUACAGCCAUUAGACAUACGAAACAGUCUAUUGAGGAUCAAUUUACGCAUAUGCUUCAAUUUUGCUAGUUAGAAAUGGUUGCAUUUUGAGGUUUGUUUGAAAUAAUCACCUUUCUUUUAUAUUAAAACUAAAUGCUAAGUUAUAUUAAAAUCUUACGUAUUAAAAGCAUGUUGAUUAUAUUAUCUCGGGGACUGUUCACUAGCAAAAUUAGAGAAUAUGCCAAGGUUGAUCUUCUAAUUGAGGACUUUUAGUUGACACCUACCUCGACUUGGCAAUGGCGUGAGACGUGAUGACAAUUUUUAUUAAGUAUACUUCGUCUAAUUUACUUACCGUUGCACGUCAUCCGCGUAAUAGCCUGUGACGUCACGUGAUACCAACACGAAAUAUUUAGGCGGUAGGUGUGUUCUUUUUUAGAAUCAUUUUGCCUAGUACACUGGAAUUACAGCCACUAGACAUAUUUUAUUAUAUACGCGUAGAAAUAAUAUUUGAAGAUUUGUAUUAAUGUUAACCUAAAGAAAUACACAAUAAUAUGUUUCAUUUAAUUUUUAUAAAUGGAUUAUAAAGCGUUUUUAUGAAGCACAUUUGCUCGGAACACACUGUAACUGUAAUCGAACGAAAGUGACAUUUUAGAAUAAAUUGGUAACAUUUAUUUGACAGUUGCGGUGAUGACACUUCAUAUUUCUUUAUAUUCUUUACUGUAGUUUUAUUAUAUUUACUGUUUUUAUUAUUUACUUUAACGUAAGAUGAUAACUUAAUUCUUGUUUUCUAUUUCUAAAGUUUUUAUUUAUUUACAGUGAAUAUUAAUUUGUUUUGUUGUAUAAUCCAUGUUUACAAUAAUUAUGUGAUCUAUUUGAUUUAAAAUGGAUUCAGGAUUUAUACUUUGGCAACUAUGUCAACUUAGAUCUCUGGCGUAGAUAAUGACGUGCAACGGUAAGUGAAUUAGACGGACUGUAUAGUAUUAUCUCACGGUCUUAAUCUUAGUGUAAAGUUUUCCCACUUGCUCCACAUUGGUUUCAUGUUUAAAGUGCAUGUAAGGCCGUGUUCUCACCAAAAGCAACCGGCGAACGCAACGCAAUUGCAAUGAGUCCGCAACUUUAGUUGAGUUGCUCUGGUGUACUUACUGAAAUCAACUGUUUUGAAGUCUCUUGUUUCGGUAGUCGUGAACAAAAUUCAAAAUUCUUGCUGUCUCGUCCGCCAUGACUAAGCUAUUCUUGGCAACUGCAGACCGCAAAUGGCGACAGCGACGCGGCAUGCGCGGUAGUUGCGUUGCAGUUGAGUUGCCUUAGAAGUAGGUGGAAACAUGUGUAUUUAAACAUUAGCGCAGUGUUGUGUUGCAAUUGCAUUGCGGUCGCCGUUUGCUUGGAAAUAUUUACUUCUUUUCAAAACUAAAAGAAGAUCUAAAAAAAUUAAACUAGAAUCACUAAACAUCGCAAAUUGCUUGUAAUAUUUAAAUUAAUAGCCGAAAUUUUUCGUUAAACUGCAAUACGUUACUACCGCGUAAAUUUUGUUACUAAGCAUCAAAUAUCUAUAACUAUUCAUAUAGUGGUGAACAGGCCCACGGGUGCCCAUACAACCAUUUUUAGGGGGGGGGGGGCAGACGUGAGGAUGUUGCUUAUUAUAUAUUUUGUAUACUUUGGAUAACCAUAUACAGUUUAAAGGAUUCGAAAAGCUAGGUUGGGACACGGCCCCGGGUGCCCAUAGACAAGCCACUAUACUGUUCCAAAAUAUCGCACACUCUAAGAUUCAGUGUCCAGUUCUUUUAAUACACUGGUGUAAUAUAUCAGGCUGAAUAAAAACAUUAAAUAAAAAAGGAGAGAAAGUAAUAUGUACUGUUUUCGAAGUCAAAUCAAGGGAUAGAUUUGACAGGGAAAUACUAGUCAUUAAUAAAUAAGGUCAUUAUCGUGUGUUUUGACAACGGCUUAGAAACAUUUUUAUCAUACUCUUUCUAAUUGUUUAGACCAUUGUUAGUGUACAAGAAAUAAUAAAAUAAAAAUAUUAUAAAUUGUAAUGCUAAUUCUAAUUUGAAUAAAUAACUAACGCUCAAAAUAUAUUGAUGAACUUUGUUUAUAAUUUUGAUGGUUUCCCAAAUAUUUGGCAUUUAUUUUUUCCAGAAGUCAAAUACAUACAAAACACAAAUAUACAGCUCAACAAUUAUCAAAUUUUUUGGGUUCUUAACUAUCGAGUACAACAAUAUGAAACCGUUUAUUUGAAAUGAUUAUUAGAAGCGUAUUAACGAUUUUUUGCUGUGAUCUAAGAAAUUAUGAGGGUACUCUGCUUUUAUCUAGAUAACCUACUGAGAUUUUUUUUUGUUUUGCAGCAUUUUUAACAUUCUAGGAAAAUACAAUUCAAUAUAUUUUUUAGAUAUCGUAACACAAAUAGUUAUCAAAUAUUUAUG